CAGCCUAUGCUUCACACUCCCACCUCUCUCUCUCUCUCUAGAAUCCUCAACUUCUAAUUCUCUCUCUCUAUAUAUCUAUAUAUAGAGAGCUUAAUUAACCCUUUGCAUAUAUAGCUCUCUAUAUAUAUAGGUAUAUAUAAAAUUUUAUCUAAAUUAACUUGUGCUACUACAAGAGCUAGAUAUAUAUGACCAUGGACUGCAAUGGUUGCGAAAAUGUGUCUAGGGUGAAAAUGCACAGGCAACAUGGGAGGGUGUCUGGGAGGGUGUCGCGGAGGUCGGUCCGAAUGAAGGUCAAGAAGCUGCAGAAGCUGAUUCCGGGAGGGCAGGGGUUGAAGCCGGACCGGCUUUUCCUCCGGACGGCGGAUUACAUCUUGCAUUUGAAGUUGCAAGUUGAUGUGUUGCAAGCUCUUUCCAAGAUUUAUAAGCCAUAAGUACUCCUAGUCCUAGUAUAGUGAUCCCAUCCCACAUAUCUAUAUCUAUAUAUAUAUAUUUAUAUAUUUAGAAUCUUAUAAUUGUUGAAGUUAUAUUUCAUGGUUAAUUGGUUAAUGUAUUGGUCAAAAUGUAUGUCCUUUUUAAUUCUUUGCAAGACUGUAAGAGAUAUUAAUAUUAUUGAUUUCAUA